CGUCCCUUACGGUUUAGAUAUGGCCAAGAUGGGGCUGUGUACUUCUCUUUUGUAUGCUCUUCUCUUUGUAGCAUUUGUGAUGAAAUGCCAGGGUGACGAGAAGAAGAUUCAUGUUGUGUACAUGGGAGGUCGGCCUCUGGGCGAUGAGCCACUCAGACCAAUUCACCACUCCAUGCUUGAGACUGUGCUUGGAAGCACUUCAUCAGCCAAGGAGUCACUGGUUUAUAGCUAUGGCCGGAGUUUUAAUGGGUUUGCAGCUAGAUUAUCUGACGAAGAAGUAGGGAGAUUAUCAGAAAUGGAGGGAGUGGUUUCAGUUACUCCAAACCAUAUAUUAAAGCUUCACACAACAAGGUCAUGGGACUUCAUGGGCUUCAGCAAGGGCACUGUUGGAGGGUCCGAAGAAGGAGAAAUCAUUGUUGCACUUCUAGACACAGGAAUCUGGCCAGAAUCUGAAAGCUUCAAUGAUGAAGGAUUUGGCUCCCCACCUUCUAAAUGGAAUGGGACAUGCCAAGCUGCCAAUUUCACCUGCAACAACAAGAUCAUUGGGGCACGAUACUACAACAGUGAAGGAUAUUAUGACAUUUCAGACUUCAAAUCUCCAAGGGACUCCUUAGGGCAUGGGACACAUACAGCCUCAACCGCUGCAGGCAGGGAGGUGGAUGGAGCAAGCUACUUUGGACUAGCUAAGGGAACUGCAAGAGGUGCAGUGCCUAAUGCAAGAAUUGCUGUGUACAAAGUUUGCUGGUAUUAUGGGUGUGCUGUUGCAGACAUCUUUGCAGCUUUCGACGAUGCUAUAGCAGAUGGUGUAGAUAUCAUUUCAGUGUCUCUUGGAGCUGACUUCCCUUUGGAAUACCUCGAAGACCCAAUUGCUAUUGGAUCUUUCCAUGCCAUGAAAUAUGGUAUCUUAACCUCAAGCUCUGCCGGUAACUCUGGCCCCUUUCCAGUAACAGUUUCCAACUACGCGCCUUGGAUACUGACUGUUGCUGCCAGCAGCAUUGACAGAAAAUUUGUUGCCCAGGUGGUGCUUAGCAAUGGACAAGUCUACACUGGACUCUCGGUUAACAGCUUUGAGCUCAACGGGACCACAUUUCCCUUGAUCUGGGGAGGAGAUGCUGCAAACGUUUCUGCUGGUUACAGUUCGGACCUUUCAAGAUAUUGCCUACCUGAUACCUUGAACUCGUACAAAAUUAAGGGAAAGAUUGUUCUCUGUGACACCCUUUGGGAUGGUUCUACCGUUCUUUUGGCAGAUGGUGUAGGUACAAUAAUGGCUGAUCUAAUAACUGAUUAUGCCUUCAACUACCCAUUACCAGCAACUCAAAUCAGUGUAGAAGAUGGCCUUGCAAUUUUGGAUUACAUCAGAACUGCCAAAAAUCCUUUGGCGACUAUUCUAUUUAGUGAGACUUGGAACGACGUCAUGGCACCCAAUGUAGUUUCAUUUUCUUCAAGAGGACCCAACCCGAUCACCCCAGACAUUCUUAAGCCUGAUAUAACUGCCCCUGGUGUGGACAUCCUUGCUGCUUGGUCACCCGUGGCACCGCCUUCCAUCUACUAUCUGGACACCAGGAGUGUCGACUACAAUAUUAUCUCUGGGACAUCCAUGUCUUGCCCUCAUGCUAGUGGUGCCGCAGCCUAUGUCAAGGCUGCCCACCCCAACUGGUCUCCCGCUGCAAUUAAAUCUGCCCUCAUGACCACAGCUCAUGUGAUGGACCCAAGGAAGCACGAAGACCUCGAAUUUGCUUAUGGGUCGGGUCACAUCAACCCCUUGAAGGCAACAGAUCCUGGACUUGUGUAUGAUGCAUCAGAGGCAGAUUACAUAAGCUUCCUCUGCAAGCAGGGUUACAACACCUCCACACUGAGACUUGUCACAGGGGACGACAGUGUUUGCAACAGCACAGAGCCUGGAAGAGCUUGGGAUCUCAAUUAUCCCUCAUUCUCGCUAGCUGUGGAAGAUGGGAACCAAAUCAUGGGUGUCUUCACCAGGACGGUUACUAAUGUUGGCUCUCCCAACUCAACCUACACUGCCGGCAUGUACAUGCCUACCACCCUCAGUGUCACAGUGGAGCCAUCCGUAAUAUCAUUCUCUGCCAUCGGAGAGAAGAAAUCAUUCACAGUGAAGGUGUAUGGACCUAAGAUUUGGCAACAGCCCAUCAUGUCUGGUGCAAUAUGGUGGACAGAUGGGGUCCAUGAGGUAAGAAGCCCACUUGUGGUGUACACAUUUCUCCCAGGUGCUGGCUAUUCUUCCGACUCCGUGUCUCACAAGAAACCAGUUUUCAAAGGUUCUUCCAUCUAUCACAAGAAUGGGAUCCUUGGAAACAACUAAGUUCCAUGUAGUCGAGUUUGGAAUCCUGGAGAGAACAGAUUUUCACCGCCUCUCCUGAAGGGUAAUAAAACUUUGGUCUUUUCUUGUUAUGGGUUGACGUGGUUGGAUCCUCUAGCCAUUUGAGGAGGUAAGCUUUGCCUAGGCGUGGGUUGUAUCAGAAAGGCAGAAAAACAGUAGAAUAAAAUCAAACUAAUAGGUCAUUAUGACUUGUUUGUUUCCAGUGAAUUGGUUAUUGUA